CCUCACUGGAUUUCCAGGACACAGGGGAAAGAAAGCUCCUGAUAGGCAGCUAUAUAGCAGGUGAUGGGAUGGUGAGAGAGAUCAUGGAGCAGAAUCCUCAGCAGGAAGACGAUGAAGUGGAGCCACAAGGGUCUUUAUUGCAAAGAUCCAAAGGAAGUGUAUCCAGGACUUGUGAGCAGGGAAAAGCCUGUGAGAGUCUGCACAGGCCAGAGAAGCAGCAGGGAAACCAGCCAAUGCAGAAAGUUGGUAGAUCUGUUAAUGAUCAGGGAACUCACAACGGCCACAAGGAAACCACGGCGCAGCAGAGAAUCCCCAUGGGAGAGAGAAAUAACGCACGUGUUGAGUGUGGGAAAAAGUUCAGUAGGCGCUCGCAUCUUGUUAAACAUGAGAGAAUCCAUAAAGGGGAGAAACCCUAUGAAUGCUGCGAGUGCAGGAAAACCUUCCCUCAGAGCUCAGCCCUUAUUAGCCAUCAGAGGAUCCACACCGGGGACAAACCAUACAAAUGUUGUGAGUGCGGGAAAACCUUCCUUCGGCACUUUGACGUUAUCAGACAUCAGAGGAUACACACAGGUGAGCAACCCUAUGCAUGCUGUGAGUGUGGGAAAAGCUUCACUGAACGCUCAAGCCUCAUUGACCAUCAGCGAAUCCACACAGGGGAGAAACCCUAUGAAUGCUGUGAGUGUGGGAAAACCUUCUCUCAGAGAUCAACCCUUGCUAACCAUCAAAGGAUCCACACAGGGGAGAAACCCUAUGAAUGCUGUGAGUGCGGGAAAACCUUCACUCGGAGUUCAGCCUUAAUUAACCAUCAGAGGAUCCAUACAGGGGAGAAACCCUAUGAAUGCUGUGAGUGUGGAAAAACCUUUGCUUGGAGUUCAGUCCUCAUUAACCAUCAGAGGAUCCACACAGGGGAGAAACCCUAUGAAUGCCGGGAGUGUCGGAAAACUUUCACGGAGCGCUCAUCCCUUAUUAAGCAUCAGAGGAUCCACACAGGGGAAAGGCCCUAUGACUGCAGAGAGUGUGGGAAAAGUUUCACGGAGCGCUCAACCCUUAUUAAGCAUCAGAGGAUCCACACAGGGGAAAGGCCCUAUGACUGCAGAGAGUGUGGGAAAACCUUCCCUCAGAGUUCAGCCCUUACUAGCCAUCAGAUGAUCCACACUGGGGACAAACCAUAUAAAUGCUGUGAGUGCCGGAAAACCUUCCUUCAGCACUCACACCUUAUUAGGCAUCAGAAGAUCCACACAGCUGAGAAAUCCUAUGAAUGCACCUAAGUGUGGGAAAUUCUAUUCAAAGCUCAGCCUUUAUUUAUCAUCAGAGAAGCUGCAAGAGAGAGAAACGCCAUAAAAACCUUGUCUAGAGCUGAGGAAUGAUUUUGUUUUCUUUUUGCUAAUUCCCACACAGUGAGCUUAAAGGAAGCAUUGUGUCCCCAUGGUCUUUCAGUUUCCCCAGCUGAGUCAUCUGCUUUUCCCUUUUGUAGCUCACCCUCCCCUGGGGUGAAUCCCAUCAUCUUUUUCAGCAAUUCCUUUGUCCUGUGCCAUGGAAGUGUGUCUCCCCCCAACUGGAAUGUCCCUCAGUCCCAGGUGGGGGAACCAGGAGUGACCUCAACUAGAUACAUGGAGGCCGAUGUGGGCCUUGACUCCACUAGGAUUUUCCAUGGAGUUAGCUAGCUUCAAUUAGCUAUCCUAAUAUAAAAACACAAGUAUUUUUUCAAUUAAAAAAUACCCCAUAUAUGGUAGCCAAGAUAAUUUAUCUUCUCUACUUUCUACACCUCCACCUGUCAUUAUGUCUUAUGAUUCAGUGUUCUCAGCCCUCUGCUUGGGAAUCACAUUUUAUUU